AUGGACGACAACGACAACGACGACGACGACGACGCGCGAGGAGACGCAGAUGAGAAAGACGCCUCUGCGCGCUCAGUGCGCGCCACCAUUCCACAUGUCGAGAAAACCAGAUUCAGCGAGUAUCUUCGACGAGUCGAACCUGGCCUUGUAGAGGGCGUAGCUGCGGCGCUGGCACGCGCGCACAUCCUUGCGCAGCCCGCUGACUACCGCCUCCGCCUCCGACAUGUUCCCGAAGAAGUGCACGAUGCCGCCCCAGCCGUCGGCGUCCAGAGGGUGCACGGUGGCAGAUCCGCGGCCCUGGAUAUCACACACGCCUUGUUCGGCAGCAGCUGGGCUAGCCGGAACGUUUCCAGAACGUUGUCGGAAGGGCAGCACAUCUGGUUCUUGUGCAGAAUCAGCUGCAUGGGAUACUCGCUGACAAAUCGUCCCAAAUUCUGGAUAUUCCAAACGUUUCCCUCCUCAUGUACGCGUCCUUUCCAAAAUGGUGUCUGGUGGAGAGAAUUCAGGACACCGUCGGGUCGAGAUUUCAGUUUCCUCUCGAAGGAAAGCCAGCUUGUCGUCCUUUCUUGUCUUGCUCCACAAGUCGGCACCUCCUUCCAAAAGAGCGGUGUACCCAGGCGGGACCCAUCGAGCCACUACGUCGCUGCCCACACUCAGCGAAUCCAAGACAAGUCCAUCCUUCGAAAACUGUGCAAGGUUGGCUCUCCCCUUACGGAUAAUCCCACACUUCCCUAG